AGACAGAGAGAGAGAGGGAGGUGGGAGGAGAGAGAGGAGGGACUGUGUUCUCUCUCUGUGGCUCCUAUGCGUUGCUAGUGGUGGUGGUAGCGCACCAGUGUGCGCCUCAGCCUGCCAGUGUGAGCGUGUGCAUGUGAGUGUGAGAGUCUCUGUGCUGCGAUACGACAGGUGGAGAUGACAUGACUGCACUUGAGAGGAAGAAAGGGAAGGACCUACGUGGUCAGCAAGUGUUCCUGCGUCCUGAAGAGAGUUCAGGUCCAGCCCCGACCACCAGGCUUUCCACUACGGUGUCCGAACAACUCCAGGAUGCUUUACUGCGGCUGGCGGCAGUUGUGGACACACGUUCACUGCGCGUUACCCUUCGAGACAACAUACAGGAGCUGCUACCCAGCACGGAGUGUGUAUGUGUCUACAUGCUGGAGGGAGACUCGAGGCUGCUGUGUGAUGAACCACUGCAUGAACUGCCAAAGGAGGGAAAGAUCAGGAGUUAUGUGGACCAGCUGAAGCGAUGUCAGUGUGCCGGCUUUCCUUCCUCGGAACUGCCUGAGAAAUACAAAGUCUGCCUCGCCUCACCUCUCCCAGCACACAGAAGAGCUGUUGUCAUUCCUAUUUUGGACAAGGAACAGAUCAAGGUCAUUGCUGCCUUGUUGGUGGGCUGUAAUCCACUGUCUGAUCAGGAUGAACUGCAUCUUAAUACUCUGGAAAAACAUGUUUCGGUGGCAUGUGAACGUGUUCAGGCCAUUCAGUCGUCCUACCUGCGGCCUCCCCUCAGCCCCUCGCCCAUACAGUCACACAGCACAUUCAGUGUCAUGGAACAGGAGUACUGCAAGCUGGACCGUGAUAUUCUACAGCUCUGUGGUGAGCUCUACGACCUUGAUGCCGCCUCUCUGCAGCUCAAAGUCAUUAAUUAUCUGCAGCAGCAGACUCAGUCACAAUGUUGUUGUCUUCUACUGGUGUCUGAGGACAAUCACCAGCUCUUCUGUCAGGUAGUUGGAGACAAAGUCCUAGAGGAGGAGAUCAGCUUUCCGCUGAUGUUUGGUCGAUUUGGUCAAGUUGUGGAGAAGAAAAAGUCCAUCACUCUUCGGGACAUCAGUGCUGAGGAGCGCAGGCAGCUGUCCAGUAUGUUGGGCUGUGAGAUCUCCUCUAUGCUGUGUGUCCCAGUGGUCAGCAGAGCCACCGGUCAGGUGGUGGCAUUAGCCUGCGCCUUCAAUAAGCAGGGCGGGCAGAGACACUCUGAAGCUGACGAGCACGCCAUUCAGCACUGUUUCUGCUACACAUCAACAGUACUCACUUCCACUUUGGCCUUCCAAAAAGAACAGAAGCUCAAAGUGGAGUGCCAGGCGCUCUUACAAGUGGCCAAGAAUCUUUUUACACACCUGGAUGAUGUUUCAGUGCUGUUACAGGAAAUAAUAGUGGAGGCCAGGAACCUCAGUGAUGCUGAGAUCUGCUCCGUGUUCCUCCUGGAUCGUGUCAGCCAUGAGCUAGUGGCGAAGGUGUUUGAUGGAGGUGUGGUCAGUGAUGAGGAGAAAGAGUUCCGUAUCCCAGCAGAUCAGGGUAUUGCAGGCCACGUGGCAACGACUGGCCAGAUCUUGAACAUUAAGGAUGCUUACUCCCAUCCUCUUUUCUACCGUGGAGUAGACGACAGCACUGGAUUCAGGACUCGGAACAUCCUCUGUUUCCCCAUCAAAGAUGAGAACAAUGAGGUGAUUGGUGUGGCUGAGUUGGUGAAUAAAAUGAAUGGACCCUGGUUCAACCGCUUUGAUGAGGACCUGGCCACAGCUUUCUCCAUCUACUGUGGUAUUAGCAUUGCUCAUUCACUGCUCUACAAGAAAGUCCAUGAAGCUCAGUUCCGAUCCCACCUUGCCAAUGAAAUGAUGAUGUAUCAUAUGAAGGUUUCACAGGAGGAAGUGUCGAAGGUGUUGGUGCCGGGGAUCGAGCCAGUGAAAAAAUUCCACUCCUGCUUUGCUGAAUUCAUGUACACACCUCGCUCCCUGAGUGAUGAUGACACGCCCAUGGGCGUCCUCAGCAUGUUUGAAGACAUGGGUUUCAUUAACACGUACAAGAUUGACCUCCACACUCUUACCAGGUUCUGCCUGAUGGUAAAAAAAGGUUACAGAGACCCUCCUUACCACAACUGGAUGCACGCCUUCUCUGUCUCACACUUCUGCUACCUGCUCUUCAAAAACCUACAGCUGUCCAACUACCUCGAGGAUAUAGAGAUUUUAGCUCUCUUUGUCUCCUGUUUGUGUCAUGACCUGGACCAUCGGGGCACCAACAAUUCUUUCCAAGUCGCCUCGCAAUCCGUGCUGGCUGCUCUUUACAGCUCAGAGGGAUCUGUGAUGGAGAGACAUCACUUUGCCCAAGCCAUUGCCAUUCUGAACACUCAAGGCUGCAACAUCUUUGAGAAGUUCUCAAGAAAGGACUACCAGCGAAUGCUGGAUUUGAUAAGAGACAUCAUUCUGGCUACAGACCUGGCUCACCAUCUACGCAUUUUCAAGGACCUGCAGAAGAUGGCUGAUGAUGGAUACAACCCAAAGAGCCAAAACCACCGCUCUAUGCUGCUGUGCCUGCUGAUGACAUCGUGUGACCUGUCAGACCAGACCAAGGACUGGAAGACCACACGCAAGAUUGCUGAGCUGAUUUAUAAGGAGUUCUUCUCUCAAGGUGAUCUGGAGAAAGCCAUGGGGAACAGGCCCAGUGAGAUGAUGGACAGAGAGAAAGCCUAUAUCCCAGAACUACAGAUUAGCUUCAUGGAACAUAUUGCCAUGCCCAUAUACAAGCUGCUGGCUGAACUGUUUCCUGCGGCCACUGAGCUGUUUGAGAGAGUUUCAUCAAACCGAGAGCAGUGGCUCAAAGUGUCCCAUAAGCUCACCUUGCGGGGGUUGCCAUGCAACAACAGUCUGGACUUCCUGGACAAGGAGUAUGACCUGCUGGCAGCCCAGGGUGCUUUUGGGAGUGAUGACUACUGCCUCAAUGGCUGCAUAGAUGAUGCAGAUGGAGGGAGGGGUCAGUGACAUCAGCAAGCGGCCAAGAGUCCCUGAAGUUUCCUCCAAUAAGAGGAUCCCCUUUUCUAAGCGGGAGGGUUCUCGCUGCUGUCAACACUUUGAUGUUGAGCAGGCUAUGAGAGGUUUAAAUCAAUGAAUCAGAUAAGUGAUUUGCACAAGUGCAUCUAGCACAUUCAGUGUAAGCAAAUCCUGAUUAGAUGCUUCAUGUCGCUUGUGUCUCCAGUUCAGGACAGCCAAAAGGUAUUGACUUCAUAUUUCUCAGCAGCUGUAUUGGUAAAAUACGUUUAGCACAGGUAACAAAUCCAUUCAGACAGUACUGAUCCCAAUGAAGAUUGUAAAGACACACACGAGUAUUUACACGCGGACACACACACACACACACACC